AUGAAGCGGGUACAGCUUAAUCCCAGCUUUAACCCUUCCUUAAUGUGCAUAACAGAGUCCUGGGGCAGAGCCUUAGCUAAAGUUGUGUUGACGCUCCUUGGCUUCCUUCUCUGGGGAGCUGCUGUGGCUUUAGUCCUUGGUGGUGCUUUUGUAAUCCUCACCUACAGAAGCUACGGAGUCUUCUUUCAGAACAGAUUCUUCCUUGUGCCAGGCUGGCUGGCCAUCAUGGCUGCUCUUCUGCUGGUCCCCACCGGUGCUUUGGCUAUAUGCGCCCCAGUUAAGAACUCUCGCCUUCACCAGGGGACUUUGAUGUACUUUCUGUUGGUCCUUCUCUGCCUAGAGGCAUCUUCAACCAUCAUGACCCACGUCUACUGUGUCAAAGCAGGCCAUCAACUGAAAAACAGCAUGGACCACUUCUUUCUCCAAUACAACAGAACUGCUCCACAUCACCGUAGCAACAGGGCUGUUGAUGCAACCCAUAAGCAGCUGAAGUGCUGCGGAAUCGACAACUACACUGACUGGAUGGCAGCGCUGCCAACUCGUCUCCAAGCUGGGCAUGUCUUUGCCCCCGAAAGCUGUUGCAAAGAGGCUUAUUUGGACUGCAGGGGUGACGUAAGCCAGCCGGAGAAGCUGUUUAAGGAAGGCUGUCUUCAGAGACUGGAAGGGAGGCUGCAUUUUGUUAUGGGAUAUAUGGCUUGGUGUUGUAUGGUGGUGGUUUGGUUGGAGAUGCUGGCCGCUCUUAGCAAUGGAAUACUUAUGAAGGAACAGCCAUUCCAAGACUUCCAAAUUCUUGAUUCUGCUGCUUUCUCAUAG